AUGAAGCCUAAGCCUCGUGGCUUAAAACGCCUCAAUAAUGAUGGGCAAAGCCCAUCCAAAACAAAAAAUAAAGUGCUUGUACUCAAUAUACAAGAUGCCAGUGAAAUAAAUCAGGAAAAUGUAGAAAAUAUAGUGGGAAAAGACACAUUAAACAGUGAAACGGACACAAAAAAUAGUGAAGUGAACAUAUUAAAUAGUGAAAAAGACACAACAAAUAGUGAACUGAACGCAAAAAAGUGUGAAACGAAAAUUAACGACAGUGAAAAAGACACAAAUAAUAAAGGUACAGUAAACAUUAAACUAAAUCAAGUGAAUGUUGAAAACAAUAAUACAACAACGACAACCGAAAUGAUCGUUGAUGACAACACAACCAAAAAUAUGGAUUUAAGCUCAAUGUUCGUCAAGCCAUCGACCUCAAGGGGAACCGGCAAGCCCACACCAAAACCCCCAACAAUACCGCUAAAAAACCGAUUUGCGCCUUUAGAAAACGAUGAAAAUGAAGAAGACGACGACAAUGACUCAAUUGAACUGGGUCAAAACAAACCAAAAAAGCCACCACCACUUGUUAUACACGCCAAAACUACCGACCACAAAACAUAUGUAAAAUCACUCGAAAACGAAAUAAACAAAGGAUUCCACAUCAAAUACACCGCAAACAACACAAACUUGUACAUUUAUGAUCAUGAAGAAUACAAAAAGUACAAAGAAAUUCUAAAUGAAGGCAAAGUGGAAUACCACACAUACACCCCAAAAGCGGACAGAAAACACGCCUUUAUCUUAAGAGGGCUAGACAACAGCACUGACACCGAAGAAAUCAUCGAAGAUCUAGAAGAAAAAUAUAAAUUAAACGUCGAAAAGAAACAUACACCUCCAACCAACACAACCGGCACAAACUCCACCGGUACAACAAAACAUUCAACCACAACAACCGCGUCAAAACUUACAAAACCCUAUGGGCAACCUAAAUGA